GCUUAGAGUAAAGCAGGGCUGGCCCAGUUUAUAGGAAGCGGAUGUGUCAACUUUAGCGGAAGUGGUACAGCCCAGAGACAGAAGAACGAGAGGAGGACGGACACUCCAAGCGGAGCUUUCAUAGAGAAAAAAGCGGGACUAAAUCCUAUUUAAAUCUCUGACAAUGGACAAGAGCGACUUGGUGCAGAAAGCCAAGCUGGCCGAACAGGCAGAGCGCUACGAUGACAUGGCUUCUGCCAUGAAGGCUGUGACUGAGGGUGGCGUCGAGCUGUCCAACGAAGAGCGCAACCUGCUGUCCGUGGCCUACAAGAACGUGGUCGGGGCACGCCGUUCUUCUUGGCGUGUCAUCUCCAGCAUCGAGCAAAAGACUGAGUCUAACGAGAAGAAGCAGCAGAUGGCGCGCGAGUACCGCGAGAAGAUUGAGACCGAGCUGCAAGAGAUCUGCAAUGAUGUCCUGGGUCUUCUGGAGAAGUUUCUCAUUCCAAAUGCCUCUCAGGCUGAGAGCAAGGUGUUCUAUCUGAAGAUGAAAGGCGAUUAUUAUAGAUACCUGUCCGAGGUUGCAUCUGGAGACUCUAAGAGCACUACAGUGGACAACUCUCAGAAGGCCUACCAAGACGCGUUUGAGAUCAGCAAGAAAGACAUGCAGCCCACGCACCCCAUCCGGCUUGGUCUGGCUCUCAACUUCUCCGUCUUCUACUAUGAGAUUCUGAACUCGCCCGAGAAGGCCUGCAACCUCGCCAAGACGGCCUUCGAUGAAGCCAUCGCUGAGCUUGACACCUUAAAUGAGGAUUCCUACAAAGACAGCACCUUGAUCAUGCAGUUACUAAGGGACAAUCUUACCCUGUGGACGUCGGAAAACCAGGGUGAUGAGGCAGAUGCAGGCGAGGGAGAGAACUAGAGGAGCCACGCUGAUCUCCAAACACCCGCACACACACCCCCAUAUUACUUAAAAAAAAUACACAAAUGGCUUCCUCCAAACCCACCCCUACCCCUGUUAUCCAUUUUCUUACCUUUUUCCGUCAGCAGCCUGCUCCUUGUACCUACCCUCCCAUCCAGUCAUCAUGAAACGUACCCAAAGCAAGACACACACUGACGCCUCUUGCACAGGCUCCGGUGGCAGGGAUUUGAGGGAGGGGGGCUUGCAGGGUGACAUGCCAUUUUCAACAGGUCCACUCAUUUUGUUUGUGAAAUUUAUCAUGGUUGUACUGAAUAUUGGAUCCAUAUUUGUUGAGUGCGUGAGUGAGCGUGUGUGUGUGAAAGAGACUGAGUGUGUGAGGGAUUGUGUGACUUGUGAGUUGUUAAUGUGUGCGUGUGUUUUGGAGUCAGGGGUUAGUAACUCUAAAUAUUCUUCCUAAUGAUUCCUUUUUUUUCACCUCCAUAUUUUUUUCCACAUUAGCUGGUUUCAUUUUUUUUUUGUUACAGAUUUUUUUUUAGUGUAAUUUGUCAUGGUAUUUGCAGGUUUUAUUGUAUGGUUAUUAAACUGGCAGUUUAUUUUCACCAAGCACUGUAAUUUCUUGAGUUUUGUAUGGGGUAAUUUCUUUGGUUUCUUUCUUUUUUUUUUCUUCUUUUUUUCUUUGGGUUUUUUUUUUUUUUUUGGGACCUGUGAUGCUCUGCCUCUCAGCUUGAAUUCCUGGUUUCAGUGCUGCGGUUAUUCACUGAACGCCCUGUUCAGACACAUGGUCAGUGGGCCAUUUCAUAAAGUAAAUGUAUGAAAACCGA